ACAAAUUAGAAAGAUUUGUGGUUGAAGUCUUUGAUUCUAUUUAAUCUGUAAUUUAAUUACCAAAUGUAACAUGUGCGAUGCGCAGUGCUUCUCAGGAUCUAUAAAGAAUUUAUAAAAGUAAUUAAAUACUUUACUUUUAACUCCGCAUUCGUCAAGGAGUAAAAAUACAACAUGUCGAGAAUUCCGUCUCCAGCCCGAUCCCAGGGCGCGCCAGGAACGCCUAAACAACACAAACCUCGAGGAUCUCGCAGCGUUUGCUCGCCAGCGCGAUCCAACGCAUCCUUGAAGCUCAGUUCAAUUGUAGAACAGUUUAAAGAGGACAAUAUGGAAUCAUUUGCAAUGUCACCUUUAGGAAAAUCGAUGCUUAGUGAUAAUACCGAUAUUGAUAUGCCUAGGCGAAAAAGUUGGUGGAAGAAAGUGGACCAUUCCAGGGACAUCCUUGAGGUCUUAGAUAACCAUCAGCCUUUGGCCACCAAUAAUGUCAUGGAAGAGUUUGAUGUUGAGAUUUUGAGUCAAGAGAAAAAAAACUAUACCUUGGACAUGCCAGAAAGUAGUGACAGUGAAUCCAUCAGUAGCAUUGUAAUUCCACAGAGAAAGCUGUUCACCCAGAAAGAGAACCUACAUCAAAAAAUGUUUGGCCGAGUUUUCGGAGCUGGGACAAGAGAAACUCUAUCACAACAAAAUAAGACCAACAUAGCAGACAAGACUGCCAAUGUAGGCCCAAAAAAAUUAUUUAACCAGGGGCCUAAACGAUCUAAACCUGUAUUUCCUGCCGCAUUACUGAAUAUGUCACCAGAUAAAACAGUUUCUAACAAAACUACAGAAAUGGCAGCAGGACUAAAAGUACCAUCGAGACAUCUGUUUGGCAAUCGCCCUAGUACAAAAAGAAAGAAUAUGUUUGCAGAUUUCGUUGUCUCAGAGAGUGAAGAUGAUAUAUCAGAGGUGCAACCAAAAAUGUUUGCUUUUGCACUCAAUAAGAACCCAGUUAGACACAGCAGAUCUAUGUCUCGUGGAAUUCGAGAACCGUCGCCUACUUCAAGUAUUACCACAACUGACAUAGAAAUGGAUGAUUGGAAUAUGUUGCCCUCGUCUACAAUGGUUGAACAGCAACUGGAAGCUGCUAUGCCUGCUUCUACUCCCAGAAAACGUUCCCGGCUUAGCAAACUGUCUGAAGCAUUAAAGUCUGUUAAUACUAUAUCAACUGCAAUGCAAGAAGUUAACAACCAUCAAGGAAUAGAGGCCGAAGUACGAAAUAACGUAGAAACUAGCCAAAAAGGAAUUAAAACUGCUGAUGUUAGUGACAAAACCAAAGAUGAUGUGGCAAUGGAAGGCUUUUACAAUGAAAAUCAAGAGCAGGUAAUUGAACAUGAUGAUAAGGAAUGUGAAGACAACAGACUUUUACAAAAUGGAAAUGAUAUGGUGAUACCCGAAUACAAAGGCCACGAUGAAGCCCUUAGUCAGCCAGGAAAACGUACCCGGCUUAGCAAACGUUCUGAAGGAUUAAUACCAUUGGAAGAAGCUAAACGUCAUGAGGAAGUUGAGGCUGAGAUAGAAAAGAACAUAAAAGCUAGCCAACAAGAGACAGAAGCUUGUAUUAAUGGCAAGGCUGAAAGUGACUUGGCACUGGAAAGUAAUCACGAAGAAAAUCAGGAGAAAGAAAUUAUACAGGAUAAUAUGUAUAACGAACUUGAACAACAACAAAAACAUAGUAAGGAGAUAUCCCAAAAUAAAAGCAAGGCAAUAGAAUUUGAAGAUGAAUAUCAAGAGACCGAAGGAGACCAGAACGAAAGUAAAAAAGUAGAAGACGAAGAGCAAAAUGAAAACGAAGAUAAUGAAGAUGAAGAAGAAAGUGAAAUCGAGGAAAAUGAAGGCAAAGAACAAAGUGAAAUCGAAGAUAAUGAAGAUGAAGAAGAAAGAGAAAUCGAGGAAAGUGAAGACAAAGACCAAAAUGAAAUCGAAGAAAAUGAAGACGAAGAGCAAAAUAAAACCGAAGAAAAUGAAGACGAAGAGCAAAAUGAAAUCGAAGAAAAUGAACAUGAAGAGCAUAAUGAAAGUCAAGUAGAAGAAAUUUAUGAAGAAGAGGAACAAGUUCGAAAUGAAAGUAUAGAGGUUGAAGAACAGGAAGACGUCGAAGAACAAAAUGAACAUCAAGAAAUGCAAAGGCACGAAGAAGUGGACGAAAGUGAGGACAUUGACAAUCAGGAAAAUGAAGAAAGCGAAGAUAAUGAAGAAGAGCAAAAUGAAAGUCAAGAAGUAGAAGAAAGGUCCGCAACAGAUGAUGAGGUUCAUAAUGAAAGUCAAGAGCUCGAACUACAAGAAGCCGAAGAACACGAAAGCGAGAAUGAAAUCGAACAAGGUGAUAUUAUCGAUGACAGUGAAGAAGCUCAAAUUGAGGAUGCGCAGGAUGAUCAGAAACUAGUAUAUGAAGAUGAUGAUGAGGAGCAAAAAGAUGGAGUGCAAAAUGAUAAAGAUCAAAUCGGAAAUGAAAGCGAAUCGCCAAAUAUGUCUCACGACACGACUGGCAGAAACCGACAAAAACAAAGCAACACGGCAUCUCCUGAAGCCAUCCUUCAUAACAUAACAAAUGAAAUGGAUACGUUUACAGCCAAAGGUCGAAACACUAGCAUUCGAAAAACAAAGAGUAUUUUAAAAAACUUUACUAUCAGACCAAGUCUUGCACCUCUGAAAGACAGUACUGGUUUCAGCGAUGGCACAAAGAAUUCCAGUGCUGAAGGCUCAGGGUGGGACUCUCAUAGAACUACGCGUAGAACGCUUCGACAAACUUUUGGUAAAGAUUUUACUCCAAGAAAAUCACUAAGGGCGUUGGUCAUGGAGAAAUCGGCUAAGCGACAAACACUAAUUGAUGCAGCUAAUGCUAAUUUACAAGAAGCUGAGCCAUCUGUAGAUGAAAGUGACCAUCAAGAUAUGCAAGUAGCCGAAGACCAAAUUGAUUACGAAGAGAAUGCUCAGGAGAUAGAAGAAUCUGCGCACGAAGUCUCCAGACGUACUAGGCAAAUAACACUUGAAAUGUAUUUACAGAAAAUAAAGAAAAAUAACAUGGAAAGAAAGCUUAAAAUUGAAGAACAAGUACGAAAUUCGUUCAAAACCGACCCUCUCAAGGAUAUAAUGAACUUCCGAGUACCAUCGAAACAACGCCGUCCUAACGCAAAACCAUUCAAGUCUCUUAUGACAGCUCCAAAAGUGAAAAGAAUCAGGUCAAAUCUGAUAUCUUUGGAGGAUCUGCCACCAGAACUCAUUGAGGAUAUGAAGUAUAAACCUCCAAAAAGAUUCCGACCUAGCAAUGCGUCUUGGAUAACAAAUCGAUUGUACAAAUUUUUGGAGAGCAAAUUAGAAACUAGGUACGAUUACAAAGCCCGCGUAAGGUCAGAGGCGUUAGUACAAGUGAUAUACAACUUCGUCCGCGAUACCCGCCGCGACCGCAUCGCGCCAUCCCACAUGGUCAACGAGCUGAAGAGAGAGAUGGCACGGCUCGACAUUGUUAAAACCCAUGCCGAUUUCUAUAAUUUCUUCCAUGAAUACUUGCCCAAGGAGGUUAAUCUUAAGGUGAUACCAGACGUUCUGAACGACAUACCACUUCCAAAAGACGGAGUGUUCUCGGAUAUAAUAGUGUCUUAAGAAUUUUACACCCAAAAAAACAAAGAUAUUCACUUUGGGAACUGGACUUUUGGAGUAUAUUCAUUAGACUAUCGGCUACCCAGUUGUUCAGAAAAAGGGCGCUUUCAAAUUGACGCUUAUAGACGCUGCAGUCGCGCCGCCACUACUAAUUUUCAUACAAUAUUUAGAAGCGCAGCUGUAGCGCCGCUGUAGCACACGCGCUCGCCAUUUAAGUGAAGUAAAAAUUACUGAAGUGCUUCUACAAGCGACUAAUUUGAAGGCGCCCUAAAAUCUCAUGUAUUUUUGAACUACGUUAAUAGUGACAAUCUAUAGAAUUUAACAUUUCAUACUGAAUAUAAAGCUGAUUUUCAGAGCGUUCGAGGUCGGAAACAGACGCGAGAUUAGACACACAAUAGACUGUUUAAGUCAAUAAACGAGUCUCGCGCGCGGAUGUCUACAUGUAAUGGUCGAUGCUUUAAUAUAUUGAAUUAGCCAGUUUAUCGUGAGACGAGUUGAGUCCGGGUUAGCGGGUUAGGAUGCCUUCAAAUUAGACGCGAGUGCUUCAGUAAUAUUUAGUUCACUAAUUGUGAUUGCAAAACAGACGCACGUGUGGCACGACAGUGGUGCCACUGCAGUGCUUCUAUAAUAAGAGUAUAAUUUGAAGGCGCCCCUGUGGUUACCGAUUUCUUUCUAAUAUAUAAUACUUUUCUUGUAAUGGCAAUAUGAACAGUGAUGUGAAUAGCCAUUUCAGAGACCAAAAGUAAAUUUCAUCUUUUUAAUAGUAAUUGUAAAGGGACGGCAUUAUUUUCAAACUCUGUCCAAAAGUAGAUAAGUUGUGCUUGUUCUUCUUUACUAAUAUUUUGUUGUAACUGAGUAAAUAUUAUUGUAUGAACUGAUUUUUAUUUUUAUUAUGUUUCGGAAUUGUUCAUUAAUACGUAGAUUAAAUGCUAUG